AUGACAUCCCACUCCUCGUCUCAGUCUGACAUAGACGCCAAACUAAAGGAUCUCAAGAGAUAUAUCGCUUUGGGGUGCCUCCAUCUUGACAAGAAACUUCUAAUUGAAUCUGACCCUCGGAUCUAUGAUUCUGACUGGAUUGAGCUUGUUCCUCUGCAUUUAUCUGAUGAGGCUAAGACAAUUAUCGGGAAUGACACAUUGAAGCUCCUCCAAGCGACAUGGAUCAGGCUUUUCAUCAACUGUGCGAGUAUAACUGCACUACCAGAUUACUCUUUGCUGAGGAUAUAUCUUCUGCCAAAUGAUAGAGGCCGUCGCUUUAUCGAUCGCCAAAGCAAAAGCUUGAAAUCGGCGCUGCGAAAUCUACUUCACCGGGUUGAUGUUUCCUCAGAAGCUUGGAAUGGUGUCUAUGGAAGUCAAGUUGCUCGUUUUGAUCCAUGGGCCAGUCCUGAGAAUGUAUCCCUCUUCUAUCUAUUCAACAUGCUUCCGUCCCCAGCCCCUUCGCCCCAGAAAAUCAAAAGCAGAUACACCAGGAUCGCAGGGGAAGAAUUACUUGAAUCAUGCUCCCAAUUCCUACUCGAUGGCUAUGAAGACCAGCCCCUCUGUGGCCUAAAGACAAGGCUUUAUCCUUAUCAGGCAAGGUCUGCAGCUUUAAUGAUUCAACGAGAAGCAACUCCUGAACUUCGGCUCGACCCACGCCUGGAAGUCAGACAUUCUCCGACUGGUGAGGAGUAUUUCUUCGGGGCAAAAGAUGGUUCCUUUCUUCAAGAGCCACGAUACUAUGAGACUAAUCGCGGCGGAAUAUUAGCUGAGACCAUGGGACUGGGGAAAACCGUUAUCUGUCUCGCAGUAAUUCUGGCUACGAAAGGUCACGUUCCACAGAUACCACCAGCAUAUCAACCAACCGUGCCUACCCGCCAACGUGUUGGUUCACUGUCAGAAAUGGUUGCGAGUAUCAUAGGUCGGUACUCGAUUCCUGGUCGAGCCCACCUGGAGCGCAUGGAAGUUGAGGAAGGGAUAGAUCUGGGCAAUUGCAAAACUAUGCUAGACCAGAACAUUCAUUACGAAAUUCCAGCGGAACACCCUCGUAUGAACCGCACUACCAGGAUACCGCCGCCACGCAAGCUAGUCCUUUGCAGUGGCACGCUGAUCGUGGUUCCUCGAAACUUAUUGCAUCAGUGGCAAGGAGAAAUACGCAAACAUGUUUGCAAAGGAAGUCUUAAAAUUCUUAUUAUGGAUUCCAAACCAAAAAGGAACACAAAAAAGAAAAAUCUGCUCAACGGCGACGAGGAUAUGGAACCACGGAGUGAACUGCCUUCGACCACCGACUUGAUGAAGUACGACAUUAUCAUUUUCACCCGAAACCGCUUUGAACAAGAAAUCCAAGACGGAGCAGAUGAGGUCGGGCGCCGGCUCGCGUCCGGUGCGCCCUUGGAAUGCCAGUGCCCCUAUAUUGGUGCAUCACGAGUUCGCGAUUGUCGUUGCCUGACGGAGAGCGGAAUAUACGAAUCUGCGUUGAAGAAGCUGCAUUGGUUACGAAUAAUUAUUGACGAAGGUCACAAUUUCUCCUCUGGGGUUUCGAAUGCCGUCCUUAUUGCCAAACAAAUUCGAGCUGAGAGGCGCUGGGUUGUCUCUGGAACACCUGCAAAAGAUUUGGUUGGGGUCGAGGUGGAUAUGUCCACUUUGGACACUCAAAAUGAUGAAGGCAACGAGCCAUCGUUGGUUAGGAAUUUGGCUAUUGAACAGAGGAAGAAUUUCAGCAUCAAGGAAGACAAGACCGGAGCAGCAAAGGCGUUGGGCUCGCUCGCGUCAAACUUCCUCAUGGUCCGCCCUUGGUGUGACUCGACCGCAGAAGGGAAACUCGACUGGGAUGACUAUAUAUAUCGCCAUGAGGACCACCAUCGAAAAACUUACUCGGGAUUCUCCACCAGUUUCCUCAGAACAUUAGAGGGAUUGGUUGUCAAGACUAGACCUGAGGACGUUGAGAGAGAUAUAAAACUUCCACCAAUGACCCACCGAGUAGUGUACCUCAAGCCUUGCUGGUUUGACAAGAUGACAGCGAAUCUUUUUAUUCAAGUUCUACGAGCGAACGCUAUUACGAGCGAACGAUCCGAUGUCGAUUAUCUUUUUCACAAGAACAGCUUGAAAGCGCGACACUCUCUGAUCCGGAACUUGCGUCAGUCCAACUUCGUUUGGACAGGUUUCAGUUUGGACGAUGUAGCAAGCACGCUUGAGACCAGCAGCAACUAUCUUGGGAAGGAGGAUAAUAAUUGUUCCCUAGAGGAUGCAAAACUCCUCCUACAAAGUAGCCAAAUCGUCUCAAACCUUCUCAAUUCCCCAGAAUGGAUUGCGCUCAGCAAAGCCCAUGAAGUCGGCCUCGCUAUCGAGAAUUGGCCACAAAACUCGGAAAUGUCUUUUGCGUUAGCUUAUCCAAAUAAGCCAGCAAUGAUUGGCAUCACCCAGCUGCUCGAGGGACAGGCCUAUGUGGACAGCCAGAUUUUAUCUGAAGACCCAUCUGAAGGGUUGAAAGCGGUUGGGGAAGAGGCAAAGGCAAAACUCGUUGCAAUUGAAGAAGCAGAGAGAGCGCGAGUGGAGAAAAUUCAAAAACAUGAGGAGUCUGAGCAUACGCGCUUGAUGGCUGGGGUGCCAUCGUCUUGUGUCGGCGGUCAACCAUUGACAUCUCGCAAAACCGCCGCCACAACUUUCAAUGCGUCACCAAAGAAACCCAAACAGCCCAUCGCCAAUCCAAAUCCAUCAGACACACUCGAUACACCCGCGCAAGCGGAAGCAAUCGCAGCUCCCGCAUCGCCCAUCCAAGCAAAGAAGAAACGAAGACUAACAUUAGCAGACGAGAUGGCGGACCUUCCCCCAGACUCCCCUCUACUCAACACCCGGGUUAUCGGGACAACAUCGGCAAAGCUUUCCUAUCUUAUAGAAGCAAUCGUCACCCACCAAUCUAUUUCCAAGAUCUUGAUAUUCUAUGACGGUGAUAACACGGCUUUCUAUUUGGCGCAAUGUAUGGAAAUGCUCUAUGUAGGGCAUCGUAUCUAUGCGAAAUCGUUGGGUAACGAAGUAAGGUCACAAUAUGUGGCGCUCUUCAACGAAGACCCAGAGAUCCGCGUUUUGCUCAUUGAUGUGGCGUGCGGUGCUUUAGGUUUGAACCUCAAUGCCGCCAAUCUGGUCUACAUCGUCAACCCGAUCAACCGACCUCAUAUUGAAGCCCAGGCAAUCAAGAGAGCCCAUCGCAUUGGGCAGACUAAAGAGGUUGUUGUAGAGACACUAGUCCUUAAAGGAACGAUAGAAGAAGCCAUAUUCACUCGAGCGAAAAAGAUGUCGCGAGACGAGCAUCUUGAGGCAAAAACAUUGGAGGAUGACAACAAGAUCAUCGAUAUCAUCCAGAACGCCAAAGUCAUCACCAUAGAUCCCGGCGAAUCUUGCGGGGUGGCUCAGUUCGCUGCCCUAAAUACACCACAGCAAGUGUUUGGCCGCCCUGGUCGACAUAAAUAUCAGAAGUUUGGCAACACUGACGCAAAGGGCUCAGAGAAGUCGAGAAAACGUCAGCGCGUUACACAGAAUGACUCGAUACAGAAUAGGGAAAACGAAGGCGCAAGCUUAACUGCUCCACCAGGCGCCGCAACAUCUCACUUGCAGCUCCCUAUUCUUACUCCACAUGUACCAGCACCGUCUCUAGAUACAAAUCUUCAGACCCCUUUUCAGAGUUUAUUUGGUAACCCAUUAGACAAACUUUCCUCCACUUAA